GCGGGGCGGGGCGUCUCCGGCUCCAGCCCUGCGUGAGGUCGUCAGUUCCACAACUAUGCCCUGGGCGCGCAGUCACCUGCGCGCCGCUCUCUUCCUGGCAGCGGUUUCUCCGCUUGGUGCAACGCCCAGGGUCGCGGGCAGGCGAGCGUGGAGUGCGAGGCCCGCGCCGCAGGAGCCGGGCAUGGAGUAUCAGGAUGCUGUGCGCGCACUCAACACCCUGCAGACCAACGCCAGCUACCUGGAGGAGGCGAAGCGCCGGCGGGGCGACCCCGCGACACAGCUGGAGGCCAUGAAGCUGUACUUGGCACAGAGUGGGCUUCAGGUGGAGGACUUGGACCGGCUGAACAUCAUCCACGUCACUGGGACGAAGGGGAAGGGCUCCACCUGUGCCUUCACGGAACGUAUCCUCCGAAGCUACGGCCUGAAGACGGGGUUCUUUAGCUCUCCCCACCUGGUGCAGGUACGGGAGCGGAUCCGAAUCAAUGGGCAGCCCAUCAGCCCCGAGCUCUUCACCAAGCACUUCUGGCGCCUCUACCAUCACCUGGAGGAGACCAAGGACAGCAGCAGCUGUGUCUCCAUGCCCAGCUACUUCCGUUUCCUCACGCUUAUGGCUUUCCACGUCUUCCUCCAAGAGAAGGUGGACCUGGCCGUGGUGGAAGUGGGUAUUGGUGGGGCUUACGACUCCACUAACAUCAUCAGGAAGCCCGUAGUGUGUGGGGUCUCCGCUCUUGGCAUCGACCACACCAGCCUUCUGGGGGACACGAUGGAGAAGAUCGCAUGGCAGAAGGGGGGCAUCUUCAAGCACGGCGUCCCCGCCUUCACCGUGCUCCAGCCGGACGGCCCCCUGGCGGUGCUGAGGGAGCGAGCCGAGCAGAUCUCAUGUCCCCUUUACCUGUGUCCACCGCUGGACGCCCUGGAGGAAGGAGGGCCCCCGCUGACCCUGGGCCUGGAGGGAGAACACCAGCGGUCCAAUGCCGCCUUGGCCUUGCAGCUGGCCCGCUGCUGGCUGCAGCAGAAGGACCACCAAGGCAUCGGGGAGCUGAAAGCGUCCAGGCCAAGCCCCCUGGGUCAGCUGCCGCUGGCGCCCAUGUUCCAGCCCACACCCCACAUGCGGCUCGGGCUUCAGGGCACGGAGUGGCUGGGCCGGUCGCAGGUGCUGCGGCGUGGGUCCCUCACCUGGUACCUGGAUGGCGCGCACACCUGCAGCAGCAUGCAAGCCUGCGUUCGCUGGUUCAGACACGCUCUGCACCGCCUGGAGAAGCCCAGCAAGGUGUCUGAAGUGUGCAUCUUGCUCUUCAACUCCACCGGGGACCGGGAUGCCGCCGCCCUGCUGAAGCUGCUGCAGCCCUGCCAGUUUGACUAUGCCGUUUUCUGCCCUAACCUGACAGAGGUGUCGCCCAUGGACAACGCAGACCAGCAGAACUUCAUGGUGACCCUGGACCAGGUGUUGCUCCGCUGCUUGGAGCACCAGCAGCACUGGGGCCGCCUGCACGAGGAGCCGGCCGGCCUGGAGCCCACGGGGCCCGGGUCCCUGCUGCUGGCACCCCGCCCUCCCCACACCCACGGCCCCAGCUCCCUCGUCUUCAGCUGCAUCUCCCACGCUCUGCAGUGGAUCAGCCAGGGCCGGGACCCCGUCUUUCAGACACCCGGUCCCCCACAGGGCCUUCUCGCCCACCCCGUGGCAGCCAGCGGGGCCCGAGUGCUCCGUGAGGCCGCUGCCGUCCACGUGCUGGUCACCGGGAGCCUGCACCUGGUGGGCGGCGCCCUGAAGCUGCUGGAGCCCUCCCUGUCCCAGUAGCCCUGGCAGUGGGGCUGGGGGUGGGGCCUCCCACACCUGCCCCAGUCUCUCUCCUGGACUUUUGCAUUAUUAGGCACCUUUCAUUUCCUGCCUCCCCGAGUCUGCCCAGGCUGCCCCAGGGACUCGGGCUCCGGGUGGUGAGGGGGGUGGCUGGUGGGCGGGAGGCUGAGAUGGACAUGCUGUCUCCAAGCCUGGGGUGCACUUGGCUUCUCCUUCCUCCCUGCUGAGGCAGCCAGGGGCCUCCCGAGUCCUCCUGUUGGGGCCCCAGGCCUGACACCCCAGCCCGUCCCCCUCCCACCCAGAGCGCAGCCCGGCCAGGCCCAGGCUCCUCCUGGUGCAGGUCCACAGGUUUCCUCCCCUCAGUGGCCUUCUGGAGCAGGAGAGGGUCCGUGCCUGGGGGCUGGGCGGCUGGAUUCAAUUAAAGGCUUUAUCUUUUUAAAAAAAA